AUGCGAACCCAUUGCGCAUUGUCAGGAUACACAGGCUCCAUUGUGGACGCAGCGUGCUCCCGGGCGGAAGAUGAGCAGCGCAUCCGUGAAGAGAUCGGAGAUCAAAUUGGGGCUGUGGAUUACGCCAUUGAGGUGCUUAUGUCAGCGGGCAUGUCAACCCCCACUUUGCGGGAGAUUGCUUCCAAGGGCGUCAGCAUCCAACAGGCUGCCAAUCCGGCACUUGCUUUGCCGAUGCUGAUGUUCGGACCUUUCCUGGCCAUAACAGCCUUUACGCUCGUGUUGGAUGCCGUUUAUUUGGACAGUUUUUGGACUUGGAGGCUGGUUCCACUGAGAACCUUAACCUGUUUGGAGCGUAUCUUGAUGAUAAUCUUGAUCCGGCAGUCGCCCCGAGACGAGCGGUGUUUUGAUUACCUGGUGAUACAGAAGUGUGCGGUGGUCUACCUUGCAGUCUUCACGCCUUCGAUGUUUCAAUGCGAGAUGAUUGGGAAACUGUCCUACCAGAAAGACAGCAUGUGGUUUGUGAUCCCACCGGUGGCCUACACAACGAUGUUUAUUUUCGUACUGCUCGGUUUCAGACGUACUGCAAAUCUUCCCUGUGGACUCGGCCCGUGCCUAGUUCAACUUUUCCUGGCUCGGGACCCAUGCGUUCAGCUAGCGGCUGCAGGCCACUGCAUACGGCGCAAAAACACUGCCGCUGAGAGCCCACAGAGCUCAGACUCCGAGUCCGGCACAUGGAGCGGCGCCUGA